AUGAGACGAGCGGACUCUUCCGAAGGAUCCGCCGCGAGUUUGCCAACUGGCAGAUCCAAGUCAUCGUCGGCCGGCUCGAUGACGAGUCAGGGAUCAAAAAUAAAGACACCAACGCCGUCAUCGUCUUCCAGCUCUCGAUCGCAGUCGCAGUCCGUCGCCAAAUCAUCUACUGCUGGCGGAUGUUCCGGCACAUCGUCAGUGAAUUCGCGACGAGGGAGCUCUCCGGACGCACGAGGGAAACCACCUGUGCCAAAGAAUGAAAGUAGCGAACGUGUUGGCUCUAAGACUGUCAUCACUGGUAAAUACAUUAACAAGGAUUUCAGGAAGUCGAGCUUGAACAUGGAGAAUGGUGAUCCUUCGCGUUCCAAAUACGAGAGAAUGAAAAAGCAAAGAAGUAUGUCUGUCAGUUCACAAGAUUCUGAACCAAAUUUGGAGGGAAUUCGACAAUUGAUGGCACCUUCGUCCUCGUCGGUAUCUCUGAAAUCGACGGGAUCGAAAACAAGAAUACCUUCGAGCGGAUCGAAGACUUCGUCAUCGUCUUCGUCUUCCUCGUCGUCUUCACUUCGAAGAAACGACUCGAGCGACUCGCCUAAGCGCGAGACAUCGAGAAACGAUACGAAAUUAGUCUCCUCCUUAUCCAGCGAGAGAAAUCUCCCGAGAUCGGAAAAAUCUGAGUCAACCGAUAGCAGUGAUUCCAAUUCUUCGAGUUCUUCCAGUAGCGAGGAAGAUGCGGAAGACCGACAACAAAACGUUGCUGCUAGGCGAUGGAGAGGACGAAAAGAUUCGAGAUGGCUGAUUUGCGAGAAGAAAGUUGAAAAGAUGAGUGCUGGAUCACCGAGAACUAGUGUGCCUGCAUCCUCGGCUGACGAAAAUUCCCUAAGUGUGGAGAAACCACCUAGACCACCUUCCAGUCCAAGAUCGAGUCCUAGAUCGAGUCCUAGGCCUAGUUCAAGAUCGAGUCCUAGAUCAAGAAGCGAUCGUUCGGGAAAAACGGACGAAGCAAAAUCCUUCCUGAUGAGAGCUCUGGCGCCGGUGACGAAUCUCUUUAAAAGCAAGCAUCAAGACUCCACUUGUGAGUCCGUAAAGUCAGGUGGUUGGCCAAAUUCCAACGAAGAGAAUCCCGAUAUGACGAAGAAGUCUACGUCUUUCUCGAGAUCCGUUACGCAAGGUUCAUCGAAGUCUCUUGGUUUGCCACAUUCCGAGAGGAUUUCUGAUAAGGAUCGCGAUUCCAAGACUAGAAUCGAACGUCAGUCGUCCGGCGAGAGACCUUGGUGGUUGGAUCCAAAUUCUGAUAACGUGCCUGAGGGUGUUGAAAGGGUCAGCGGAUAUAACGACGAUAUCAGCCAGGAAACUACCAUCAGUACCGUCCUACCUGACGAUGGAAAAUUCAAGCCAAGAGUAUGGCGUCAGGAGUCCGGAGAAAGAGCUUGGUGGUUAGAAGAGAACGAUGCUACUUCUGAGAAUGGGAAAAAAGAAACGAGCCUAUCAUCCAGUCGAUCGAAAAAAAGUUCCAGCCGUGAUAACAGUAAAUCGAAAGAUCGUCCAAGAUGCAUCGGACAUCAACGAUCUGGCGAAAGAGCUUGGUGGAUGAGCGAUGAUCCAGAAAGUGUUCCAGAGGGUAUUGAAGUGAUCGUCGUGCCACCUACCUGCGAAGCUAAUAGUCUUGAGAAACUUGAGGUUGAUCGUAAGAGUUCAAAGAAAAUCAGACACAUUGAGUCCGGUGAAAGAGCUUGGUGGAUGGACAGCAGCUCAAACGUUCCCGAAGGAGUCAUCAAGAUCCCGGUUGAAACUUCCAACGGUACUUCGGACUCCUCCGAGUCUUUCGAAAGAAUAGACAUAGGUGUUGACCCCGAGCCUGAAACAUACACCCGGAGAAGCCUCUCUAAAUUCCCUAUCGAGUUUCCACCGCCACCGAGCUACGAACCGUUGGGAGAUCGAGCUAGUCCCGAAGGGAUAGAGAAUCCACCAGCUCCACCGGAUAACUAUCACGGAAGGAUCUCGCCUUACGACAAUGUUCGAUCACCUUCUCGUAGAUCGUCGCCAAGGAAACCGACCUCAUCUAGUUUACAUUUCUUCAUUGGAGAGUACACGAACAUCGACGAUCUCUUAGGUACAACAACGACGACGACGAAUCAACGAAAUAGUCCAAUUUUGUGUCGUUCUCGUAGACAGGGUAGACUCGAAGAGGAAUCUACCGAGGAUACUUCCGAAUGUGAAGAAAUAGAUGCAACGCAAGUGAUCAUUCACGAUAGCACACCAAAAACUCCAGUGAUACAACGAAGGAACAGAGAACAAGAGUCUUUUCAAGAUAGAACACAACCAGACGGAUACAUACCGAAACGUAUUUAA